CCCUAUCACGUGCCAGAAUGACAGCUGAAAGAUUUCCCCUUUUUGUAAAUUUGUUCUUGCUGGUGUUUAUACAUUGAAUAUUCGAGACAUACGCUGCCACCUUAAAACGAUUAAGUGGUAAAACGGUACCAUUUAGAGGGGAGCACUGGGUUUCCUUCUGAAGUCUUGUCAGAUAAUGUAACGCGUUGACAAUUUAAGAAUAUAAGGCGGAGAAGCCAAUUGUUCUCAAAACCUUUGGAGCUGUUUACAGCAUUACACCAUGGGCAGUAUCACUGUAGUAAUUUGUGAAAAGUCGCGGGGGAUCUUCAGCCUUUUCUUAUGGGGUGGUGCUGUGACCAUGGCCAUAGGCUCCAUGUUUCUUCUUAUGGUCUGCAGUAGUUACAUCGCUUUCUUUAAGGACAAUUAUCUUACAUACACAGCAUGGAUAGCGGUGUCAGGAGCUAUUUUGCUUUUUCUGACUGGCACAUUUGGACUUUGUAUGAUUGCCAAAGAUAGCCAGUGCCAACAGGGAACAUUCAUGUUUCUUAUUGUUGUUCUGAUUUGCAUUGAAGCCACAUCAGCAGUUUUAGCUGCUGCAUACACUAAAAGAGUGGCAUAUGAGCUCAGCUCUUUGGAUGAAAAGUUUAAUCACUAUAAUGGCACUGGUACACAGUCUGACAGAGAUGUCGAUACGCUUCAACAUGAGCUUCGAUGCUGUGGUGUACACAACUACACUGACUGGAAAUCUACAACCUGGUAUGAAUAUACAGCAAACAAUAGUGUCCCAGAAAGCUGCUGUGACAGAAGGAGUAUAAACUGCACUGGAAACAUGACUCAGUUUGAAUUUUUCUAUGACCAGGGAUGCCUGACAAAGCUGGAACAUAGAGUGAAACUCUAUCUCACUUACAUUCUAUGGUCAUCCGUUGCAGUACUCUGCUUACUGGUACUUGCAGCUAUGAGUAAUGGUAUCCUUAUGAUAUACAGUCCAGAACAAGACUAUACAGCUGUCAGCUCUGGUACCUUAGCGUGAGGAACAAUCAAAUCUUCAUUACAGCUAUCUGUUCUGAAACCAUCGCAUGAGGAACAGCCAACCCUUUGUUACAGCUAUCAGCUCUGAUACAUUCACACAAGGAACAACCAAGCCUUCAUUACAGCUGUCUGCUCUGAUGCCUUCAUGUGUGGAACAACCAAACCUUCAUUACAGCUAUCUGCUCUAAUACCUUCGUGUAUGGAACAACCAAACCUUCAUUACAGCUAGCCGCUCUGGUACCCUUGAGUGAGGAUGAUGCACUCGGACAAAAUGAAGGUUUUCUAGAAAGGGGCAAGAUCCAAAUCAGUACUACUACUAUCUGUGAUAAGAUUGCUUUGCUCAUUGAUUUUGAUUUUCUGUGUUACUUUCAGAUCAUCUUUUCAGCUGAGUGUGUAUUUUUUUAGGAUGAUGGGCAGCACAGCAAAGUUUGAUUCCUACUGCUUUUACUGAGCUUAUUCAUAAUACAGGAAAAUAUUUCCAGCGAGUCUGUCUGCAUUUACAAAUGUUUUAGAUGGCACAAUCAAAAGUACUUUCAUCAGUUAAAAGUGCUCCAGUGAACCAAGUAGUUCUACCAUGGUCGAGAAGAUGAGGCAAUAUUUUUUUUACUCAAAAUGCAGAGAGAGAGAAAAGUGCUGUUUUGAAGAUCUACGUGAUUAGAAACUAUAGGUAACUUUGUACAUAUUGUCUAUCCCACCAAGUUUAUUUUUUUCAUUUAUGCAGUGAUUCUUACUUUAAUAUUUUCACAAUGACAUCAGCGUUAUAAAAUGGAGUGCCGCAGACUAAUCAAGCUGUACCUAGUCGUGUUGCUACAUGGUUAGAGAGUGUCAUUAUGUGUUGUUCUGAGCCUUGGCAUUUGAAAAGUGUCAUGAAAAUGACUGAAAUAUUUGGGAAUAUGAUGAAUCAUUCUGGGAAGUAAUUACAUUUAUGGAACAUUCAUUGACAUGCCCAUUUUUUUUUUAAAGAGGUUCAUGUAGACUUUCUGGAAUUUACGACUCGACUGACAAUAGAAAUAGAUGUUCUUCCUUUAUGUACAUAGCCAUCUCUAGCAGUUUCUAUUAAUUUCCAAACAGACCUCAUUUUUAACUGCAUGUUACAAAACAGAUGAUUUGAUUAUAACAAAAUCCUUGAUGUUUUAAACAUAUUUCAUUACUUUGUUAAUUAAAAGUCCUUUCAAACCUACUGAGCAGGUGUGUAUAUAGCAUCAUUGCUGUUUUAGCAUUAGGUAAUUUUUAAUAUCUGUGUUUUACCUUUGUAGACGAAUCAGCUUUUCACAUCUGCUAACUUUUGACAUUUUUAAUAAAUGGUAAUAAUAUGCUGUACCCAAA